ACUAUCGCCCGCUUAAUGUGUCACGGAGACCGCGACGGCGGUGGUGCUUUUCGGGGUUCGACGUCGCUCUCGGAGCCCAACAUGGAGCAGCUGGAGGAGGAGCUGACGUGCCCGAUCUGCUGCGGUCUCUUCGAGGACCCCCGAGUCCUGCUCUGCUCGCACAGCUUCUGCCGGAGGUGCCUGGAGACUCUCCUGGAGAACCCCCGGGGUUCGGCUUUCUCCCGGUCGCCGUUCAAGUGCCCGACGUGCCGCAAGGAGAGCCCACACAACGGCGCCAGCAGCCUGCAGGUCAACUACUCCCUACGCGGCAUCGUGGAGAAGUACGCCCGGCUGAAGGUGACGCCCAAGACGGGCGUGUGCGCCCACCACGCGGGUCAGCCGCUCAACAUGUUCUGCGCCACCGACCUGGGGCUCAUUUGCGGCUGCUGCGCGACCGCCGACGAGCACCGGGGCCACCGCUUCUGCUCCCUGGUGGAGGCGUACGAGCGGGAAAGGCGCGCCUUCGACGAGCUGCUGCGCGGCGCGGAGGGCUGGCCGUGCCCGGGUGCCCUCGCCCGCCUGGAGACGCUGCGAGCCGCCAAGAAGAGGGCGCUCCAGGCGGUCAACGAGGACGCCGAGCGGGCGAGCGACUACUUCGACAAGUUGGCGGCCGCGCUGGAGAGCAAAAAGAGCGAGAUCCUGUGCGACUUCGAGACGGGGAGGCUGGCCGUCAUGCAGGCGUUCGAGCCGGAGAUGACGAGGCUGCGCGACACGCUGGACCGCCAGAGGAGCGCGCUGGCCUCGGCCGAGGCCUUCCGCGGCGUCACGGAGCCGCUCGGCUUUCUGGAGCGCAUGCACGACUUUCGACAAACGCUGUCAGCCCUGAAGGAGGAGGCGACCGGGGACGCGACGCCUCCCGCUGCUCGGACACCCCCAGAAGUGGCGCCGCUCGACGUCAAAAAGUGGGACGCCGUGAGGCUCUGUGACGUCGACAAGAUGACGGUGCCCUACGAGAGGGCGGCGGCGGCGGCGGCGACGGCGACGGGGGGGUCACGUCGGUACGUGCGCAGAUUCGCCCCGGUGCUCCUGGCGUGGGGCGUCUUCCUGGCGGCGUCCACGCUGCUGCUCGUGGUGCCCGAGGCGGUGGCGGCUGCGGCCCGGGAGCACCUGUGGGAGGUGACCGGCGCAUCCACGCGGGUCGUGGGCAAAUUCAUAGACUCCGCAGUCACUUACUUUGGCGGCUGUACGUUGAUUCAGUGAAGGAAAUUGGAUUUGGCUCCGUUCGGGACCACCUGUCACGUCUGCAGCGCGGAUGCAAAAUGAGUAGUACCUCAAUUUCUUACGCACAAUCUAAUGAAAUGUUCACUUUUCCUCUUUCUUAAGAUUUUGCCAAAUAAAACAAAUCGAUCACUU